GCAUGCAGCUGACAUCACAGUCACGCGGCGCGUGGAGUCUUUGCUGGACUGUUUAUUGUAAUAUUAGGGGUUAACACUCCAUGGUUAACACAAUCCUUGCUGUCAUUACUUUUUUGACCGUUUUCAACCCCUGCCAUGUGUUUGCAGUCCUACUUGUUAAUGUUUAACUUCUAAAAAGCGAAAAGAUAGGCUGUCCAUGUUGAAAUCGCAUUGUUCACAGUAGCAAACGCGUGCAGAACAAACUUAGAAUACUUAUUUGUUAAAUCAACUUUUAUUCAGACUAUUUAAAGUUAUAACGGGAAGAAUGGCCGCCCUGCGUGCAGCAAAGCAAGCUUUAAGGAAAGAAAUAAAGCGGCGUGUAGCAGCGUUAAGUGACGAGGAGAAGCUACGACAGUCUUCGGUCCUCUCCAAACUGCUGUUCAGACACCCCAAGUAUGUGUCCUGCAAGAGGAUCGCAGUGUUUCUGAGCAUGCACGAUGAGGUGCGCACAGAGGAGAUCAUCAGAGACGUGUUUAAAUGUGGGAAAAGCUGCUUUAUUCCCAGAUAUGAGAGCAGCAGCAACCACAUGGACAUGUUGCAGCUCCGCAGUCUGCAGGACAUGGAGACCCUGCCGCUCACUGCGUGGAACAUCCAGCAGCCUGCAGCAGAGGACAGCAGCAGAGAGGAGGCACUGUCUGCAGGAGGUUUGGAUCUGAUCCUGAUGCCAGGGCUGGGUUUUGACAGUCUGGGGAAGCGUCUGGGCCGAGGGAAGGGUUUCUACGACACCUACCUGGAGCGCUGUAUGAAGCACCCCAAAGGAAAGCCCUACACCAUCGCCCUCGCCUUCAAAGAGCAGCUGCUUCCAGAAAUCCCUGUCGACGACAACGAUGUUCUCAUAGAUGAAGUCCUGUAUGAGAAAGAUUUAUAGAUCAUCAACAGUUGAAUGUGGAAUUCUAGAGAAGAAAUAAUGACAUUUUAAUAUGUCCAGUGGUUCAGAAAUCAGGAAAAAUGGGUCCAUCGCAGGGACAGAAGUGUAAUUCUUGCGAGAUUUCACACAUUGAAGUUACAGUUAUGUAUUGAUUACAGACAAUGCUUCAAAUAAAUUCUAAAGAAGUUUACAAGCAAAAAA